AUGAAAGAUUCAGUUCCAAUUUUAGUCAAGAAAAUAGCACAAGCUUGUGAAGAAUAUGGGUUCUUCCAAAUUAUUAACCAUGGAGUGCCCAGUGAAUUGUGCCAAAAGAUGAUAGAUUCUGUCAUUGAUUUCUUCAGUCUACCUCCUGAAGAAAGAGCAGUCCUGUUCACUGACGACAAAACUAUACCUUUGAGGGUCUCUAAUUAUUACCUUAAAGCUCAAGGGAAAGACAAAGUUACAAUGUGGAGUGAGACUCUUGCUCAUCCUUGGCAUCCUGUUGAUGAUUUGUUCGAUUUGUUGCCACAAAAUCCUCCCCAUUACCGAGAAAUUGCUACUCAGUAUGCAAAGGAGAUAGGAAGCCUGAUGAGCCAACUUUUGAGCUUGAUAUCUAUGGGUCUGGGGCUAGAAAAGGAUAUUUUACAAAAGAGCCUUGGACAGAAUCCUAGAUUAGUUUUACAGUCCAAUUUUUAUCCACCUUGUCCACAACCUGAACUCACCUUAGGAUUGCCCACUCAUACCGACUUAAAUGCUCUCACCAUUCUUCUACAGUCUCAAGGUGUGACCGGUCUACAAGCUAUCAAAAAUGGUGAAUGGAUAACUGUGGAUCCAGUUCCCAAUGCUUUGGUCGUUAACCUCGGUGACCAGAUUCAGGUAUUGAGUAAUGGAAGAUUCAAGAGUGUGCAGCACAGGGCUGUGACCAACAAGGAUAUGUAUCGAGUAUCGAUAGCAAUGUUCUAUGGACCGAACAAGGACAUCGUUAUUUGUCCUAUAGAAGACUUGAUUGAUGAACACCACCCUCCAAUGUAUCGGAAAUAUCGGUACGGAGAGUUUCUUGAAGAAUUCCGUAGACAAGAAGGAACUCGUCGAAGGGUGAAGGAAAUGUUUGAGUUAAAACAUUGA